AUGUCUUCACCAGGCGGUCCCCGAGGCGGUGGCGUUAACGAAAGUGAUUACAGUAUCAUCAAAAUUGACCCUGAUGGCGAUCUUAUCCUGAUCGUUGGAAAACCCAAGACUCAUUUCCUUGUUUGCUCCAAGACACUGUCACGCUCUGCUGCUUUCUGGAAGCGCUGCCUCUACGGCCAAUUCAGUGAGUCAAAGCCUGCUGAUGGACAGGAGUGGGUCGUCGAGUUCCCACAGGAUAAUCCGUCUGGCUUUGAGUGUCUGCUGCUUUUGGUUCAUGGCUUGGGACACAAGUUGCCACAGAUCGAUUUGGAGCUCGCUUUUGCAAUUACCGUAACCACCAACAAAUACGACAUGACGCGGUCUCUCUGGGCUGUCGUGGGGCCGUGGCUUGCGGCUCUCCGGCCAAAACGGCUUGAUGAGGGAGAUGAUGACACCAUUGUGCCCCAGCUACAGUGGCUUUGGGUGACCAAAGAACUUGGUGACUAUGAUGCUGAGUCUCAUCUUCUUCUGAGGCCUUACGCCCCAGGCGACAAGGAAAUGCUUAGCAGAGAUACCAUGAAAUGCUACGACAAUGAGAAAGAGGUUCUGAUGGUUCUUGCUGAUGAGAUCAAGGUUGCGCGCGAGCAGGCUUUGUCUGGGAUUCAGUUCGUUUUGAAGUGGGAUAUGCAGCUGUUGCGAUAUCUAAUCAGAGAUUUCGACUCCUCUAAGGGCUGCAAUGGCGCUCAUAUUUGCAAAGGUUCCAAGACUGACGGAUUCAGGGUGCACCCGAACCAACAAAGGCUUUGCGAAUAUGCUAUGCAGGGUAUCAUAUCCAAGAUGUCAACUGGCAAGAAUUCUCCGAUGAAGCCGUUGGCAAAGAUCAACAUGUCUGUCGAGGACUUUUUGGAGAGCGCAGUCUGUUUCAUUUCCCGCAUUGAGAACGAAAUUGUCCUUGUUUGUGGUGAAGAACACAAGAAAUGCACGCCCUUCACAAGCAGUUUGCCUACUCUUCCAUUCCUAAGGGAAAAGACGCUGCGGAUCUGGACAUUGGAGUUUUCUGAUGGAUUCAAGAUGCAGGCACAGAUUUCUGGCCUUCGAAAAGGCGACCCAGAGGACGAAGAUAAACAAGCCGGGGCUCCGGGGUCACGUCUUGGCUCGCGCAAGCGCUCACGCGUGGUGUUCGAAGCCGCUGCCUCCGAGUAG